UUCCGUCGACCCAUGCGCCCAGGAUUGACAGCAGAGAACAUCCAAUCAGAAGCGGCCACACCCAGGCCCAGGCGGGGCAGGCUUAGGACCGGGAAGCCCCGCCCCUCGCCAACGUGUGACGUCGAGUCGCCAUGGCCAGCUACCCGUACGGGCAGGGCUGCUCAGGAGCUGGAGGACAAGCGCCCGGAGCCCCUCCGGGCAGCUACUACCCUGGACCCCCCCAUGGUGGAGGGCAGUAUGGCAGUGGGGUACCCCCCGGUGGCGGUUAUGGAGGGGGUCCUGCCCCCGGAGGGCCUUAUGGACCGCCAGCUGGUGGGGGACCCUAUGGACACCCGAGCCCUGGGGGACUCCCCUCUGGAACUCCAGGAGGACAGUAUGGUGGAGCGGCCCCAGGGGGCCCCUAUGGUCAGCCACCUCCGAAUUCCUACGGUGCCCAGCAUCCUGGGCCUUAUGGACAGGGACCUCCUCCAGGUGGCGUUCCUCCCAAUGUGGAUCCUGAGGCUUACUCCUGGUUCCAGUCAGUGGAUGCCGAUCACAGUGGCUACAUCUCCAUCAAGGAGCUGAAGCAGGCUCUGGUCAACUCCAACUGGUCCUCUUUCAAUGACGAGACAUGCCUCAUGAUGAUAAACAUGUUUGACAAGACGAAGUCAGGCCGCAUCGACGUCUAUGGUUUCUCAGCCCUGUGGAAGUUCAUCCAGCAGUGGAAGAACCUCUUCCAGCAGUAUGACCGGGACCGCUCCGGCUCCAUCAGCUCCACGGAGCUGCAGCAAGCUCUGUCCCAGAUGGGCUACAACCUGAGUCCCCAGUUCACCCAGCUCCUGGUCUCCCGCUAUUGCCCACGCUCCGCCAAUCCCGCCAUGCAGCUAGACCGCUUCAUCCAGGUGUGCACCCAGCUGCAGGUGCUGACCGAGGCCUUCCGGGAGAAGGACACAGCCGUGCAGGGCAACAUCCGACUCAGCUUCGAGGACUUCGUCACCAUGACAGCUUCUCGGAUGCUCUGAGCCAGCCCCUCUGGAGAGAACGGAGUGUACCAGGGACCUUUCCUGGCUCCUGAGAGUGGGAGAGGCGUGUGGGCCUCUCCUCUUUUCCUGCCCCUCCUAGAAAAAGAUUCUCCCUUGCCUGAUACAGCGCUGUUUCCGAAGAAGGCCGGGAGUCUCCCCGUCACCAAAUCGUGGGGACCUGGGCUGAGGCCACACAGGUAGUGGCCUGACCUGAGAGAGGCCUGGAAGCUGAAUGUCCUUAGAGCCCUGAGCAUUUGAAUGGCCCAGCCUUGCGCCAGGAGCAGGAGAUGCCAGUCACUGCAGUAGAGUGAGUAACGUCAGUCAGCUGGGCUCCAGCCUCUGGCUGUCCCUUCUGCGCCCUGACACCAGCCGUGAGUGUUCAUCAGCCUCUUGCCAUUAGCACCUGAGCCCCCUCACCCAUACUGUCUUGUCCAGUGAACCCAGUUUCUCCAAAGUGGAAGCUAAGCAAGCAUGAGAGAGGUUUGUCCGCGGGACCAAGUGGCUUGGGUUCCACCAGCCCCAUGCCCCAAAUCUGCGCGCGUUGACUUCUCGCUGCCCGGGUGCCGUCCCUGCUCAGGGAGCUCGGACAGGCUGCUCUCUGGGCAUCCUUGGCUAGGCUCCCCGUCUGCAGCUUGGACCCCUCCCUUGCCUGCCAUCCUCUGCUUGGCUUUAAUCCCCAGGGGACAGUUGCCACCUCCCACUGCCAAUGCUCUUUUUUUAUUUGUGUGUGUGUUUUUUUCUUACGGGGCCAAAAGUUCAGUGAAACUGUAAGCUUCAAUAAAAGGACAACACUCUGA